AAAACAUCGAAAAGUUGUAUCUAAAUUUAUAACAGCUUGGUAUAAUGUAAAGCAUAAUGCUAAGCGUCGCUGCCUUGUGUCACAGAUAGAAAUUUCAAUUAAAUGAUCGAAUUGUCUUAAGUUAUUGGAUUGUUUAUGUGGAAGGUGGAAUGAUCUUAUUUCUACAAUUGUUUAAAAUGUUGCAAUUCAAUCAUAGGUUUUAAAGCGUCUUUAUAAAUAAAUUGGUAUGUCGAAAAUUGUACACAUUUAAUGAGUUGGCGGGAAGUUGCCGGCCAAGAUUAGCAAGGUUAUCAGAAUAGCAAAAUGACAACCGUAGAAGAAGGCGAAACGCCUUCUGCAGAAGUGGCGGCGGGAAAUCCUGACGAAUUAACAAAAAACCCGACUGCGUUGAAAGAGGCUCAUGAAGAGAUGGCCACUCUAGAUGUCCUGGUUUGUGGGCAGUGUCACUCUGCAUUUCACUUUUAUGAAGAGUUCAAAGAGCAUAAAGAUGCUAAUAACUGUGUUGGGAAGUCUCCAGUCAGAGAUAGUAAUGAAAGCAAAGCUCAAGUAUGGGCUUUCCUACUGUGGAAGUGUUCUUCGGCUCGGGAUGGAUCUACAUCAAAUGCUGACAACAGCUGGAAAUUAUAUCAGCAGUGGUGCCGCAUGCCAGAGGCUCAGAGAACUGCCUGGAUUACAGCCGGCUCCAAUGUACAGGCUUUGUCUAAGUUUGCACAUGCUAAAGUUAUGGAAGUAAAGACUGAAGAUCAACUAGUACCAGUUCAAACCCCCUCCACAGAAGUUAAAAAAAGGGGUAGACCAAGAAAAAUACCUAAAGCGGAAGACUCUGAAGCAAUGCCAUCUGGUGAAGAGAGUGAUGACUUUAAAUCUAACCCUGCUCAUAGAGUCAUGAAUAAAUCAGUUACAUUCCAAACACCACGACCAAAGGACUUUUCAGACAAAGAGUCGGUACGUAACGCGCAGGAGCGAGUGCCUCCUGAGGAGAGGAUAGCGCGGCGCACGGAGCGCGAGGGCGGUGACCCCGCUGAGGCUGGCGAGUACGUUGUUGAGAAGAUCCUCGCCAAACGAUUCAACCCUCGCAGGAAACAAUAUGAAUACCUACUUAAAUGGGAGGGUUAUCCACAUGAGCAAAACACAUGGGAGCCAGUAGAGAAUAUGGAGACAUGUAAACAUCUUCUGGAAGCAUUUGAGAAGCAGCUCGCGAGACAGAAGGAGCUGAAGGCUCUCAGAGCUCAGCAGCAACAACAUCCUGUACAGGUCAAACAAAUCAGCACACCUUUGCCACAAAUUGUCAAGCAGGUUGUUAAAAAAUCUGACAGCCCAAUGAUAUCUUCUUCUGGUCGCCUACAAAGAACAAGUAAAGUGCGUGCCUUGGACCAGGUGAAAGCGUGGUGCGGCGCAGAGGAUGAACCCGCCGCUAAGAAGAUAAAGAAGGAACUGUCCAGCGAAGAGGAGGACUAUUCCGACGCAGAAUCACCCAGGAGUAACAUGCAAAUUGAGAAGAGAGUACUAAAUGGGAAUGGUAUGGAAUCACCAAAGUCAUCAUUAGACCCUGAACUUGUGAAGUCACUCGGGCUCAGUGGCAAGGGCAUGCCGAAUAUUAAGGGGGUUAUACAAGUUGAUCCGAAACAUAUGCCGAACCUUACCACAGGUAUUUACAUAAUGUCGAAGAGUUCAGGCAUAAUGAAGAUUGACUCACCUGGGAAACUAGGUCCCGGCCUGAACAUUGACCAAGAUGUGAUCCGAAAACAAAUAUUGGCAGCGAAACAGAAAAAGCUUGAAGAAAGUAAAAAGAAUGCGUCACCGAUGCGAACACCUCUCUCUACACAGCCCAAACGAACAUACUCAGCAAGCGGACAACAAGUCACAGAAAAGACUAUUAUCACACCGUCAGGACAGAAGAUCAUUCAGCGCACAAUACAGCGGCCGUUCGGUCAGUCUGAGGGCAAAUCGCCCGUCACAAUCCUUAACAAAAAGUUGGCACAGGGUGACAGUUUGUUACGGCGAGGCGGAUCGAUUCGUGGUCGCGGCCGGGGCGGGUACUCCGUGUCCACGGCUGCUGGGAACAUCGUACGGAUUCGGGACAAGAAUAUGCCAUUCGACUUUGACAAGUCGGACGCGUCUUCGGAAUCAUCGGAUGGCGUAGAAGAUCCAUUCCCAAGUGAUCUUGGUCCAUUACCGUCGCCGAGUCCGGAGCGGGAGUUGACACUUUGUCCGCUGACGGGCAAGCGGCUGGCGCGCGCUGAGGGCGAGCCUACGCCGCCGCCGACACCGCCUCCGCCACCCACGCCGCCGCCCGCUACAACUCCACCACCGCAUCACAACGCCACUAUGCUUAUGAAGGUGGAGAUGUCUCCAGGAGGCACGACAGGGAUGUUGGUGCAAGGAGAUGGAGCACAGCCAUCAUUACCUGUGCUGACAGAUGAAGAUGGAACAGAAGUAAAGAUCGAGGCGAGUGCAGUGAAACAACUUCUAGAAGAAGGCGUGGGUGUUGACGAUGGCGAGGAAGUGGGUCUGUUGCAUGCUGGACACCCACCAAUCAUGAUUCGAGGUGAAGAUGGGGUGCUAUAUCAAGUAGCCGGUGAGAACGAGGACGGGCAAACAGUGUUGGUGGCGGCGCAGGGCGUAGAAGGUGUGGAGGGCGUGGAAGGAACCGUGGAGGGCGAAGAGCGCGGGGAGGGUGACGGCGAGGGUGUCAUGUAUGUCACCAGGGAAGAGGGACAGGACGUGCUGUCGAUCGACUCGAGUCAGCUGGCGCAGCUGUUGCCAGGAGGCGAGGCGGGCGGCGCGCUGCAGCAGGUCGCAGUGCAGAUGGAGAGCGAGUCGGGCGAGGACUCCACACAAGUCAUCGCGCAGCUCGUGCAGGCCGAAUUGCCUUCGCCAGGUGGCACUCGGCGUGUAGUACUGUUAUUACCUGACGGCACACUCACGAUGGCGGAGCUGGACAAGGAACAGUAUGAGACAAUAACAGGGGCCAGCAAGCCUGAAUGAGGCACGGACGACAUUAUGAAAUGUUUCCUAAUGGCCUAGUGUCCCUCAGUGCACAAUGUGUUAACUGUGUGUGAACAUGGAUACGAUGUCUUAUGUGGACGCAGAGUGUGGAGUUAUUGUAACUAUGUUAUAGAUGGUUCAACUUAAUUUGGCGCGCUGUGUUUGGCGAUACAAGUGUGACUGGCUUAUACUUUGGUCAUACUAAGCACCACGCGACAAUUUGACUUAAACUAUCUGUACGACUGUUUGGUUUGUAAGAAUAAUUAAAUUUUAAAUAUAAAUGACUACAAUGUAAUUCUGUACACAUAUUUUUACGAGUGUAAAAUUAAUGUUAUAUUUAUUUAUGAAACAGCACUAAAAAAUGUCUUGACAGCAAUAUACAUGGUCUAAAAUUCAUGUAUCAAUUUCUAUGAAUACACCAUAAAGAUAUUUAAUCCUGCACAUGCAAGCCAAGUUAAGCAAAAAAAAACUUUACGUAUUUCUGACAAGUGCUCAUGUUUCAAUAGAUAAUGAACUUAUACACUUAUGUAUUUAAAAGAUAGGGUUUCCAUAGCCGAAACACUCGUAAAAAACAUUUGGUUUAUUCAGCGUGAUGAUGUUUUUGUCUGAGUGUGUCAUCAGUGGUAACCCAAAAUAAUAGGUUUUUUAGUGGAACUUUAAGCAAUAUAUUGGUGUUGGUGAUUGAGAAUACAAUUGUAAAUAUGAUAGUAUUCAUUUAGUUUUAUUCACAUUUUUAUAGUGACUUGAAUCACACUUGGUGUAAACAGUCAGUGUUGCAAGUAAGCAUUGCUUUUAUAUAAUUAAUUACAUGAUAAAAGGUGUAAAGACAUUUCAUCACACAAACAUAUCAUGGUACUUUGAACAUGUAGUUAAAAUGUUAUUUUCUAUAUAGUUGUUGUGAUUUCUACUUGCAUAAUUGUGUAUGUUUCAUAUCAAGACUUAUUUAUAUAAUAUGUGUGAAAUUCAACUUUUUUCACAAGUCAAUGAAGUUGUAUAAUAUCAAAAUGUACUGAUUAUUAAAUGUGUUUGUGGUGAAAUAAAAUAUUCUAAUGCUCGCGUAAUUUGUUUACAAAGGUUAGGUCUUGAUUUGAAAUAAAGUUUAGAUUUAAAUUACUUGUGACGCCGACUGUACUUUACGACAUGUGUAUUAUACAAUAGGAUAUAAUUAGUUUAACAUUGUCUAUAUUAUGAGUAAAAUAUUGUAAAUAUUAAAAUUGCACAUUUUAUCUUUCA